GUCUUAUUUCCUCCAUCGUUGGCGUUAGUGUUCCUGCGUGGUUUUUUUCGUUUGUGAGUUUGCGAAGAAUUUGUGUAAAGUGCAAUAACAAGUUUCCAUACCUUUUAAAUUUAUUUUAAUUUUUGUUGAACAGAAUAGUUCAUAUUGUGUUUUUGUAUCUGUGUUCAUUGCCUGAUAUUAAAUCAUGAGUAAUUACGAAGAUGACCAAAGUGAAGAUGGAGAAUUAGCACGCAGUCCAGUACAGGAAGAAAUGGAUUUUAGCUUAUCAGAUGAAGAUCGUGAUCAUGCUGAUUCUUUAGACAUUAAACCACCUCAGGCGGUAAUUCGUCCAUCACAUCGCGAUAAGCGAAAUCACAAGAGAACCAUGAAAGAAAGAUAUAAGGACAGUGCACGGAAGGACAAGAAGCAUUUAUACAGGGACCGUGAUAAGUCUGACAAAUCAAAAAGAGAUAUCAGUAAAAAUUCUGACCGUGAAGACAUUGCCAAAGAUUAUUACCGAGAAAAACAAUAUUAUAGAGAGAAAGAUGCUUACAGAGAAAAAGAUGCAUAUAGAGAUAAAGAACUGUAUAGAGAAAAAGAAGCUUAUGCCCGUGAUAAAGAAGUGUAUGCUAGGGACAAAGAAUAUAAUAGGGACAAGGAUGCUUUCAGCAGAGAUAAAGAAGUAUAUAGAGAGAAAGAAGUUUACAGAGAAAAAGAACUUUAUAGAGAAAAAGAUGUGUUCAGGGAUAAAGAAGCCAGAGAAAAGGAUCUAUAUCGUGAAAGAGACAAGGAUGCAUAUAAAGAAAAGGAGUUAUAUAGAGAAAAAGAUAAUUACAGGGAAAGAGAUCAUUACAAAGAAAGAGAAGUUUACAGAGAUGCAUCAUUCAGGGACACUGCUAGAUCAAGAGAAGUUUAUAGGGAAAAGGAUGUGUACAAAGAAAAAGAUACUCAAAGAGAUCGUGAACUGUUUAUGAGCAGAGAAAGGCAGUAUAAAUAUACAGAGAGUGAUCGUAAACGUGUUGAAAAUGAAAAAAUAGAGACCAGAUUACGAACAUUAGCAGGGGAGACCAAUAUUGACCAUUAUAAUGAGAAAGAAAAUAGAGAUAGGACAUCAGGAGAUAAAGAGCUAGAAGAUUUGAGAUCACGAUUGCUUAGCAAAAGGAUAUCAAAAGAAUUACAGAGUCAAGAUUCCAAAAAGUAUGAUGACAGAUCAUCAAAAGCAGAACGUCAUGCAUCCUUGGAUAAGCAUCAACAAGAGAGACGGAAAAAACUACUAGAAGCUGAACGUGAAAUGGAAAAAAGAAAACAUGAAUCCCGAAAUGAACUGGAAGCUAGACGUGAAGAGCGUAGACGUCGUGGUAGGAAACGCUCAGCAUCAUCAGAAGAGAUAUCAAACAAAAAAUCUAGGAACACACACUCACCUAAUUAUGGUGAUUCUGUAGUAACUGUUUCUGAUGCCAGUGAUGUUGAAAUGAAAAGUGAAUCGGCACAUUCCGAAGCUGAAGAUGGUGAACAUACUAACAGUGACUCUGAAGAUGAUAGUACUAGCACAGAGUCUGACUCUGAAGUUAAUUCAAAGUCUGAAGAUGAUAAUGAUGACAAUAAGGAUGAUAUAAAAUCUGAUAAAGAGGAUACAAAAGAGCGGGCUGUUGAAAAGUUAAGACAAAAAUCUAAAUCCAAAUCGCCGAGCCCACAAUCAGCUCGUCGAACGCCAUCAUCUCAUAGAUCACGAAGGAGUGGUUCUAGAUCAAAGAGUAGAAGUAGAUCUCAUUCAUUUUCACCGCCACCAUCAGCAGAGAAUGGUAAACCAGCAGAUGAAGAAGAAAAGACCAAAGAGGAUGAAGCUGAAGCUAAGUUAAGAGAAGAAGCUAUCAAUGCACUACCACCUUAUUAUCCAGCCUUACAGGGUUGUCGAUCAGUUGAGGAAUUUCAAUGUCUGAAUAGAAUAGAGGAAGGCACAUAUGGAGUUGUUUACAGAGCUCGUGAUAAAACCACAGAUGAGAUUGUAGCUUUGAAGCGGCUCAAAAUGGAAAAGGAAAAGGAAGGAUUCCCAAUCACAUCACUGAGAGAGAUUAAUACCCUAUUGAAGGGUCAACAUCCGAAUAUCGUGACUUGUCGAGAGAUAGUCGUCGGCUCCAACAUGGACAAGAUAUUCAUUGUCAUGGAUUAUGUUGAACACGAUCUCAAGAGCUUAAUGGAGACGAUGAGAGGAAAAAAACAAGUGUUUCUACCAGGUGAAGUGAAAUGUCUAAUGACUCAAUUACUUAAAGCCGUUCAUCAUCUUCAUGACAAUUGGAUAUUACAUAGAGAUUUGAAAACGAGCAAUCUUCUAUUAUCACACAAAGGUGUAUUAAAGGUUGGUGACUUUGGUCUGGCUAGAGAAUAUGGCUCCCCGCUAAGGCAGUAUACCCCUGUAGUAGUGACACUAUGGUACCGUGCGCCGGAGCUUCUGCUCUGCAGUAAAGAGUACUCUACGCCUAUUGACAUGUGGAGUGUUGGAUGCAUAUUUGGAGAGUUUGUCUCUAUGAAUCCACUAUUUCCCGGAAAGUCUGAAGUAGAUCAACUAAAUCGAAUAUUUAAGGAUCUUGGAACGCCGUCAGAGUCUGUGUGGCCAGGGUAUAGUGAGCUGCCAGCUGUCCAGAAGAUGACGUUCGCUGAGCAUCCUGCGGGCGGACUCAGGAAUCGUAUCGGGCCCGAUCUACUAUCAGAGGCGGGGCUGUCACUUUUAAAUGGAUUCCUCACGUACAAUCCUGAGAGACGGGUCACUGCCGACGCUGCUCUCGACCAUGCCUAUUUUAAGGAGCAUCCGGUGGCGAUAGAUCCUGCUAUGUUCCCCACUUGGCCGGCCAAGUCUGAAGGCAACCGCCGUACAACGCACAGUCCGCGCCCGCCGGCCGGCGGUGCUGCGUACGCUCAGUACUCACGUGCCGACUCCGACGAAACACUAGGUUUUCAAUUACAACAGCGCUCCGUCAACGUGGCGCCGGGAUUCUCGCUCAAGUUCUAGUAUACGCCCCCCACUAUGGCGCCUACGAAAACGCGACUCGGGUAACUAGGCGUCAUCCCUUCCUACGACUUUGCUACGUUUGCGCUAGGGUUGUCAAUUUUUGUUAGAAGAAAUACUACUGGUUUGACAACCAAACAUCCAACCAAUUAAGAGUACUAAUAACCAUCGAGGUAAAUAAAGAGUAAGUAUAAUUUGUUUAGCAUUUUCAAAUAGGUAUUUUCUGUAUUGUUUCACUUUUUUUGUGAUAGGUAUGCGUCGAUUAUGUGUAAUUGGCAUUAGUAUCUUAAAUAUAGUGUGAAAAUGUAUUUUAGCAUCCUUUAUUAGUGUUUUAAAAUUUAGAGUUCGCCUACAUCAGAGUACAAUGAUGUUAUUUUAGAGUACAGUUGACAACCCUAGUUUGCACUGAUAUCGAGACGUCGCAGAUGCGAUGUCACUGUUUUGACAUGUUUAGUUUAAUACUUUGGUUGAUUUUUAUAAAAAAGAAAUUUAACAACUAGUGUUAGUUAAUAUGAUAAUAUUUUCUUUACGAUUUUAUUUGUGUACGCGUAAUAAAUGGAUAGUACGAGAAAAAGAGGACGGUAGCUGGAUGUUUUUUAGUGUCGUUAUACUGUUUUGUCAUCACAUCUACACUUUGAUAUACUUCGCUGUACAUUUUAUUUUAUUGUAUGAGUUUAGUUAAUUUUUCGUAAAAUUCUUUUCUCAACCCAAUGUUAUUUCGUCAUAAAUGAAAGUCGUAGCGAGUGCUAUAGGGUAUUUGAACCAUAUUUUUAGACAGUUACCUCGUCGAUUCUUAGUAAUUAUAAUUCGAUAACUAUAUUAUGUCGAAGCCAUAUUUAACUACGGAAGGUGAUAUUCGUUUUCUAUAAUUAUGUUGCAAAGCAAAAUCGGCGUAAGGACUCUACAAUGUCUAAAUAACAUGUACUGUAAAUAUAUUCGUUUAAAGAAAAAUAAAUUUAUCAUUGUACUUACUGAGCUGAUAAUAUAUUUUUGUAAUAGCAGUGGAAUAACAAUUUUAAAAUAACAUUGAAAAAGUUCUACAAACUAUUAUGAAUGCUGUUUGAAAUUGGACACGAUAAAUAAACAAUAAACUGUUCACACCAAACAAUUUGAUGCACAAUGUAAUAAUCAGAUUGUUAUGAUAAGUAACUGUAUAUAGACUAUUUGUAUUCAUAGUGGUCAACCACUUUGCAGGCGUUAUCUAGAUUUAAUAUAGGCUAAUUAGUAUGUACUAGGUUACAUUCGAAAUAAUAAUUAUAUUGUUUUGAC